GCGGGACUCCCGGACCCUGGCUAGUCCACGGCCGCGGUCGGGCCCAGCGCCCGCCCCAAGUGCCAGCAGUGCCGGAAGCGGAGCGUUUUCCUGGUCCGGCCGCCGGGAAUGGCGCUCCUCCCGGGUGAAGAAUGCACCACUACCAGUCGGGACGCGCUCGUGCACUUAGCACACAUUUACGCUCGCCUGCCGCGGGCCGCUCUCCGUGCUGGGCCUGGGAAGAGAGUCAGCCACGCCGAGGACAGUCCCGGGGGCCGGGGUUAACCGAGUGGACGCAGCUGCGGGGGAGCCCGUCGGCGCGCGUCCUGCCAGUCGUAGGGUCGAAAGGGCUUCCGAGGGUGCAGGAGAACUCCCCAGCCCAGCAGGCGGGCCUGGAGCCCUACUUUGACUUCAUCAUCACCAUUGGGCACUCGAGGCUGAACAAGGAGAAUGACACCCUGAAGGCACUACUGAAAGCCAAUGUGGAGAAGCCCGUGAAGCUGGAGGUGUUCAAUAUGAAGACCAUGAGGGUGCGCGAGGUGGAGGUGGUGCCCAGCAACAUGUGGGGCGGCCAGGGCCUACUGGGUGCCAGUGUGCGCUUCUGCAGCUUCCGCAGGGCCAGUGAGCAGGUGUGGCAUGUGCUGGAUGUGGAACCAUCUUCACCUGCUGCCCUUGCCGGCCUGCGCCCCUACACAGACUAUGUGGUUGGUUCGGACCAGAUUCUCCAGGAGUCCGAGGACUUCUUUACGCUCAUCGAGUCUCAUGAGGGGAAGCCCUUGAAGCUGAUGGUGUAUAACUCCAAGUCAGACUCCUGCCGGGAGGUGACUGUAACUCCCAACGCAGCCUGGGGUGGAGAGGGCAGUCUGGGAUGUGGCAUUGGCUAUGGGUAUCUACACCGGAUCCCAACUCAGCCCCCCAGCUACCACAAGAAGCCACCUGGCACCCCACCACCUUCUGCUCUACCACUUGGUGCCCCACCACCUGAUGCUCUACCACCUGGACCCACCCCCGAGGACUCUCCUUCCCUGGAGACAGGUUCCAGGCAGAGUGACUACAUGGAGGCCCUGCUGCAGGCACCUGGCUCCUCCAUGGAGGAUCCCCUUCCUGGGCCUGGGAGUCCCAGCCACAGUGCUCCAGACCCUGAUGGACUUCCCCAUUUCAUGGAGACUCCUCUUCAGCCCCCACCUCCAGUGCAGCGAGUUAUGGACCCAGGCUUCCUGGACGUGUCGGGAAUUUCUCUCUUGGACAACAGCAAUGCCAGUGUGUGGCCCAGCCUGCCCUCUUCCACAGAACUGACCACCACAGCUGUCUCAACCUCAGGGCCAGAGGACAUCUGCUCCAGCAGCAGUUCUCAUGAGCGGGGUGGUGAGGCUACAUGGUCUGGGUCAGAGUUUGAGGUCUCCUUCCUGGACAGCCCAGGUGCCCAAGCCCAGGCGGACCACCUGCCUCAGCUGACUCUUCCUGACAGUCUCACCUCUGCAGCCUCACCAGAAGAUGGGCUGUCCGCCGAGCUGCUUGAAGCUCAGGCUGAGGAGGAACCAGCAAGCACAGAGGGCCUAGAUACUGGGACGGAGGCUGAGGGGCUGGACAGCCAGGCCCAGAUCUCUACCACAGAAUAACACCCUGGGCUGUGACAAGGCCCAUGAUGACAUUUCAUGAGGCCCAGAUGUGGGCAGGCAGCCCGGGCUGCACUAUGCGGUCAGGAUUCCUUGCUGCUUCGGUGGGGCAUGAGGCCUCAGUGGGUGGUGAGAGGGGGCCAUGGGCCUUGUGGGAGGAUAUCUUUUGGCCGUGUACCCUCAGGUCCAGUGCUUGGUCCUGCUCUGGUCACUGGGGCUUCCCAGGAGGCAGCAGGGUCUGGUCAUAAUCCAGUGUAAAGAUGAGGUGAGGAAGGAAGGGGUUGCUGUCCAGUGUUGGCCUGGUCGCUUUGAUUCUUCCUGCACAGCUCAGCCCACCCCAUCUGUACUGGAAGGGACCCUGGAGCCCUGGGACCACCCCCUUUCAAGUCCCAAACACUGAGUCCUCUGUCAUGUGUCCUUGUCCCUAGGCUACAAUGCUACACUUGGCUCAGGCUGAUCACCAUGCUAGUCACAGGAGGGAGAGAGAGGCAGUGUACUUGCCCCCCUCUCCUGGAGGGAGGUGGGUUGGAAAUUCUAGGCCCUUCAGCAGAGACCCAUUUGUGCCCAGACCACAAUAUUUCUUCUUCCUCAGGGACUACAUGCCACAGACCUGUAUCCCCAGUGGCAACUCCUGUUAGCUCCCAAACUUAAACAGUGAUCUCUUCUAAAUAUACAAGGCAUCUACCCAGCCCCAAUAGUGAAUAAAAGUCACAAAUUUAAGUUCAACACCCUAAGCAAUUUCUCAAAGCCAGUCUACCUGACUAGGUCUAUCCACGCACGGUUCCCAACCCCAAGGGGGAAUUAGGGGAAUAGAUUAAGAGUAGGUAAAGACCCUUUUGUUCUUUCCUGUUGUAGGGGAGGAAGCUGUUCUCCCCACCCCAGGUGCCUUUGGAGGUUAAGGCUAGGUUAGGCCCUGCACUCCAUCUGGGGACAGCCCCUCAUCACCUGAAGUCCUCUGCUGUGUUGACUGGACCCUCACUUCCCACACUGCUAAUUACUAUGAAAGCUGCUCUGGCCUCGUCUUCUAGCCUGUGCCUAGUUGAAAGUCUCACCUUUACAGGAUCAUUUGUAAUGCUGGUGUACAUGCAGGGAACUCACAAGCUGUGUCAGGUAUGCAGGACAAGGAAUGUCUGCUCUGGGGGGCACAGGCCAACUAUAUGGAGGGAGGGUCCCAAAUUAGCAAACCCUUCAUUUAAAGCAAACCCUUGUCAAGCCUACCAGAGCAGCUGAUACGUGUGCAUAACAGUGAGGCAUUGUGUCCUGGAUCGUCUGGGAGCCCAGUGUCAAGUCUGCUGGAAUGCAGGAAGUAGAACAGAAUCGCCACAGGACUGUUCUGGGGCCAGCUUCCCUUAACUCUGUAGCCUGGCAGUCUGACCCAAAGUUGCCCUCACUCAAAGGUUCUGGCUCUUCCCUCCCUCACUUUUACUUUCCCUUCCCCCAUAAGUUGGAGGAUAAAAUGGGUAUCCAUGCUAGUAUUUCCAGGGAGAACAUGAAACCAGAGGUUUCUUUCUUUCUCUGUAAUCUGCUAUGAAAGAAAAUAACAAAUGAAAAUAAAUGUGUACUACACUUUGAAA